AUGGCUUUCUGUAUUAGACCAGAUUGCGUUUUCAGAUGUCUUGGUCUAUUCUCAUAUGUGCUGAAGAACUUAUCCAUGGAGAUGCGUAGUAGCUUCUCAUACAGGAUCAAGGCCUUCUCAUUGACAAGGGGACAUAUUGUGGUGCUCCCUGUAACUAGGAGCAUUGCAUCAAUGGGUGUUGAUUUUAUCCCUCCAGUAAUUAGUCGUAAUGCUUGGUUGUGUGCCUUCUCGAGUGGUUUGAGAGUCACCUCUGUGGCUGUAAUGAUUGGCUCACAGCAAUACAACAUUAUUGGCUGUGCAGCAGUGUGA